GUAUGGAUAAAUCAAGGAGAUAUCAUUCUUCUUGGCCUUCGAGACUACCAGGACAAAAAGGCAGAUGUUAUCCUUAAAUAUAAUGCAGAUGAAGCACGUAACUUGAAGUCCUAUGGUGAAAUCCCAGAAUCAGUCAAGGUGAACGAGAAUGCUACCUUCGUAGAAGACGGCAUGGAUGACGAUAUUGAGUUCGAUGAUUACUCAGAAGAGGAAGAGGAUGCAGCAGCUGACAUAGAUGCACUAUGAGAAUGCUGGCCAGUUACCUUUAUUACAAGGAUAGCAGAUGCUAGCAUAAAGUAGAUAUAAACUAUUAGCUUUUUUUUUUUAUGCCCAUCAUACAGUUGUUGGUGUCCCAACAUGGGAUGUUCUUUAUUGCUGUAGAAUCAGAUUGAUAUUGUGUUUACAUACAGCAAACUGAGGUUCAGAGUAUUUUGAUAUCUUGUUGAUAAUCAGGAAUUUAUUUAAAAAUUAUUCAGGAAAUCUUAAUCGAAGAGAUUCAUAUAAAGUGAUACCAAAAAACAAAUACACUUGCUUUUUGUAGUGAUUGCUUUCACUGCAUAUCAUUUUUUAAGUGAAUGUUUAUUGUUUUUUGUUUUCUUGAAUUAAAUUUAACAAAGGAAAUUGGAAAUUUGUUUUGCAAGACGCUGUUUUAUUUUGGCCCUAUUUUUUGUUCCCGUGUCUGCUUCCCUCCUGUAACUUUUUCUACUUUAUCAUAGGGAAAUUAAAUCUUUUUAAAUUGAUAUUUUAUAUAAAGUGUAAUCUCAAU